AUAUUUCUAGCGUUUAGGCGUGACUUUAUUCCCGUUGAAUGCCGCCGAAUAGAACAGGAGGAGCGGGUGUUUGUGUGGACAUGCAGAAAGGGAUGGUUCAAGUUUCGUUUGGGUGUUUUCUUUGGGAGUGAAAAAGCUCGGCGGGUUUACGUCAGCGCGGCCGUGGACACAAAGCAUCAGCCUCAACCAGACUCCGUGUUAAUAUCGCUCGAUUUUAGCCACCGCUGCGAGAUCUCUCUUUCUUCUUUUAAUCGGAACUCCUGCAGCAUGAAGACUCGUUAACCCUGCCCCACGGAAACUAAAUCGCAGAGGAGGGGGGAAAGAGAGAGAAACGACAGAGAGGAACAGUGUUGGAGAAGAAGAAACAGCAACUCCGUAUUGUUCCGCGUUUGUUUGUUCUGCAGGAAAAGGGAGAGACUCGCUGCUGCUACUGCUGCUGCUGCUGGUUUUCUUGUUUCUUCUUUCCGAGGUGCGACAAAACAGCAAAACAAGCGUCAAUUCUGGAUUUCUUUAUCCGCUUUCUGUCGUCCAGGAUGAGGUUUAAAAGGAACGGCUCCUAUACGUUAAAUAGGAAGUCAAAGACGAAGCCAAAUGGAAAGAAGCCUCCGGCAGAAGAGAAGAAGCAGUACUUGGAGCCAGAGUUCACAAAAAUCCGUGUGGUGGACUUCGACCUCAAGGAGCUGGUGGUGUUGCCCAGAGAGAUAGACCUCAACGAAUGGCUAGCCAGCAACACGACGACGUUCUUCAAUCUUAUCAACCUGCAGUACAGCACCAUCUCAGAGUUCUGCACUGGGGACACCUGUCAAGCCAUGACGGCCUGCAACACAAUAUACUACUGGUAUGACGAGAGGGGAAAGAAAACGAAGUGCACUGCUCCACAAUACGUCGACUUUGUAAUGAGUCUUUGUCAGAAACUGGUCACAGAUGAGGAAAUCUUUCCAACAAAAUACGGCAAAGAGUUCCCCAACUCCUUUGAGUCCUUGGUGAAGAAGAUCUGCCGGUACCUGUUCCACGUGCUGGCUCACCUCUACUGGGCGCACUUUAAAGAGACGGUGGCUCUGGACCUGCAGGGCCACUUGAACACUCUGUAUGCACAUUUCAUCGUUUUCGUAAGGGAAUUCAACCUGGUCGACCCCAAGGAGACCUGUAUCAUGGACGACCUGUCCGAAAUCCUCUGCACCCCCGCCCCGCCGCCCGCCCCGGCCCCCUCCGCCCCCGCCUCGGCGCCCUCCCCGUCUUCACAAAACCACGUGACGGAGAGAUGAGCGGCGGCGGCGGUCAGACGGCAGCCCCGGGGGUGAUAGAAGAUAAGAUAGAGGCGAGAAGGAAAGACAGCCUGGCCCCCUUCCUCGGUGCAAGCAGGACUUAAGAGACCUUCCACUACCCUUAUAUCUCGCUACGACACCAACCAACCAGCCAGAAGGAAAGGGGGGGAGGGUUUUCAGGGGGGUUUGGGGUGGCGGGGAGGGGUUUGUCACGCCAGCAGGAAUUGGCGUGAGCGUUCCUCCCAGGGGCAAAUCCCUCCCAUCUUCUCUGCAAUUUAAACUAGGAACAAAAACGUAUGUGUAUUGUUUUAUUUUUUUGGUUUUUAUUUUUCUUCUUUUAAAUUUUUUUUGUUGAAGUUUCAUUCAGUUUUAUUUUUUUUGUUGUUGUUGUUUGAGGAGGGGGGUGCAGCCUCCCUCUAUCCUCUACCUAACAUACAGUACAGGAAGGGGGCUCUGCUUUGCUUCGACCUACUAUUGUACAGUGUUGUUGAUGUGUGGAGAAGCGGUGUCUCUGCUCGCCUGCCGGCCUCGACCUUCCCUCAUGUGGCAGCGGGAGGCGGCCUGCAGGCGCCCGGCCACCACGCCGGCCAGUAGGGAGCCACGUUACUGCCUGACGGGUCGAUGCUAGCCAAUCACUGUUUGGGUUGUUUAUGUGGGGGGGUGAUUUAAAGCGCUUCCUACUCAGGAUCUGAGAGAACAUGUCACUGCUGCCAGAGAGGAGUCACUCUCAUCUUCAUUCUCUGUCCCUUGUUCACCAGACCGCUCAGUCCUCCGUACAACCGACGUGUUUAGCUACAGUAUAGUCACAUACUCACCUGGUGCACCCCUAGCAAAGUCCCAGAGCUUACCAGUAGAGGGCAGCAAACAUGUAGAGAACGCCACAGAAACAGGGAGACAGAGAAGGAAAUAUAAAAAGAUUGUAUGCUAGAUAUUUAAUCUGAUCAGAGAGUGGAUGCUAUGAGACAGACUGGUGCCCAUAUGAGGGGAAUCAGAGCUGUUUUACUGGUGUUAAACCACCGACACCACCUCCAUCACCCCCCGCUCCAGCAGCACAGAAGGACAAAGACAUGAGGUAAUGUCUGCAGGCUCGAGCAGAAAGAGAGAUGGAGUCAGAGAGAGAGGGGUGAGAUCAGAGGGGUGACGCUGCUCUCACCAGUACGCCCAGUACAAAACUAAAACUCUCACCAGUCCCUUUAAAAUUUGCUUUUUUAAAAAAGAUUAUCAGAGGAAGUUUAGUUGGGAAAUGAUAACAACGAUGAUAUCAUUACACAUGUAUAGAAAAUGCACAGUCUGCUUGGACUUUACUGUACAAAGAAUCACAAGCGGGUUCUGUCAGACAUAGCCUCUGUUUGGAGGAGGAUUGGAUUUAUAAUUCUCCUUUUUUAUUUAUUUUAAUUUUUUUUCUUUUGCAGGGUUCUUCAGUUCUGGCUCUCGUUUUAUGUAUUUUAAUUAUUAACUAAGUUAAAAGCAAUUUAAUAUUUUAAGCUCUGCGGAUUAUAAUCUAAUAAAAGAGAGAAAUGCC